AGCAUAACAGUGACAAAACCACAGCAACUUAUCACCACGGUGCCGCUACUGAAACACCCAAACUCCGAAACACACACACACUGGCAUCAAAGCCUGACGACAACUUCGUCUGCGCACUAAACGGAACUCCAAGAGCUGUCUACUCACCUUACACGUGUCUCCGAACACCCAGAAUGCGCCGAUCCUCCUAAACUGAAUGAAUGAACAAGCCACACAGCGUCACUCCCGACACUACAAAGCACCUGAGUCAUUCACAAAAACCACAGUCUCCGCCCACAACGGCACUCACACAGACCAGCUGCCGCUGUUUAAUCCGGUUGGACUGUUUGGACGAGCUCCCAUUUGUUACAACCCGGCUCCUCAGUUGCAACAAAAACUCGGAGACAACCACUGUACGGUGAAAAACGAAUGUUUAUCGCCUAAUCCAAAAGCAGUCCACACUGCCGUCAAGGCCCAAACGCCACAAAAACCCACACGUGAGGCUGGAGCUCCGCAGACACCAGCUCCUGUCAGAGAGCGGUUAAACGCACGUUAAACGCAGCUGAGCCACUGAUUGCAGGUGUGGCUCAGUCAGGUGGCGACCCUCGGAACUAUAUGGGUAAAAGGUUAAAAAGUAAGUAGGUAAAAGGUCAGCAAAUAAUACAGGGGACAUUUGACCUGCAUUCAGACAGAAUAAAAAAGUGUGAUAUGACUCAGCAUAGGGCACCCUCGUUUGACCAAAGCACCAUAAACUCUUUAUCACUGACUACAGUCUAAUGUUCUGCAGAUAAAAUCUACCUGCAGACUGUUAUUUGAGACACAUGAAUCUCAUUUGCCCAUGCUGUUACAUCUUCUAAUCACAGUUCUUGAAUUGGACAAUUACAGGAUGUGUUUGUCAUUAAUGGAAUUUACAUUUUGCAUCUUUACAUAAUGAGAGCUACUACAGGCUGCAAUGAACCAAGGCAAGAAAUAUUAAUAUGUAAAUCCUGUAAUGCUGCCAAACACACUGACAAUCAGUAUCACUCAGUAAUCUCAUGAUUGCUGCUCUUUGAACUCUGGUUGGUCUUGAUCCUUUUCAUCAUCCCAGGCAUUAUGAGGUCAAAAUGUGUCCUAAAACCUAGCUCUGCUCCUCCCCUCCACCUUAAAUAAGUUCAGACUGUGGUUUAACGUACCAGCUUUCCCUGUGUGAAGGAACAAUACAGAUCACAAUGAGGCUGAUAUAUCUCUGCAGUGCUUUGCUGCUGCUCAUCCUUCUGCCCAGAACCUGUCAAGGUGGCAACAUCUUGGUCUUUCCUACUGAAGGCAGCCACUGGAUAAACAUGGAUAUUCUCCUUCAAGCUCUGCACUCCAGAGGACAUAAUCUAACUAUUAUUCGUGCUAACAAAAGCUGGUACAUCAAAGAUAACUCCACAUAUUACAGUACCUACACAGUUCCAGUUGAGACAAGCAUAAGCAAGGAGUUCAUCAUUAGAGUAGUUUCUGAGAUCAUAGACUUUGAACGAGGAGCUCAUCCCUUGAUGAGUUUUCUUGGUUCAACUGUGGGCUUGUUUGGUGCAUUUAUUGAAGCUCAUGAAGGUGUGCGUGAAUUAGUAACAGCGAUGUUAGAUGACAGAGAAUUGAUGAGGAAGUUGAAUGACACCAAGUUUGACAUGGUCCUCAGUGACCCUUGGUGGGGAGGUGGACCCAUUUUGGCCAAAUAUUUGAACCUUCCUUUGGUUUAUAAUGUUCGCUGGAUGUUUGGUGGUGAAGGUCAUUUCGCCAUUGCUCCGUCACCCACAUCCUACAUUCCGUUAACAGGAUCUGUCUGCACUGAUAAGAUGACCUUUUUUCAGAGAGUUAAAAACAUGAUUUUACAUCUAUUAACACAAACACAAAAACAUUUGAUCAAUGAAAUAUAUCAGAAAAUAUGUGACAAAUAUCUUGGACCCGAUAAUGAUUUUAACCAGCUAUUGAUUGAUGCAGACAUCUGGCUGAUGAGAGUGGACUUUGUGUUUGAUUAUCCACGCCCCACAAUGCCUAAUGUUGUGUACAUGGGAGGGUUCCAGUGUAAACCUCCAAAACCUCUGCCUCAACACUUGGAGGAGUUUGUGCAGAGUUCUGGAGAGCAUGGAGUCAUCAUCAUGUCUCUGGGGACUUUUGUGAAUGAACUACCUGCUGACAUGGCAAAUGAGAUCGCUGCAGCUUUUGCUAAACUUCCUCAGAAAGUCAUCUGGAGAUACAAAGGCAGCAGACCAGACACUCUGGGCAACAACACUUUAUUGGUGGACUGGAUGCCUCAGAACGACCUUCUAGGACAUCCUAAAGUAAAAGUGUUUGUGGCUCAUGGAGGAACAAACGGAGUCCAAGAAGCUAUUUAUCAUGGAGUCCCAGUUGUGGGUCUCCCAGUGUUUUUUGACCAACAUGACAACCUGAUCCGACUAGAAGACAGAGGAGGAGCUAAGAUUCUUACAUUAUCUACAGUGGACAAAGACAACAACUUCCUAACAGGUAUCCAGGAGGUCCUGAAUGAACCCUCCUACAGGAUGAACAUGCAGAGACUCUCCAGGCUGCACAGAGAUCAGCCAAUAACACCAAUGGAUAACGCCCUCUUCUGGAUCGAGUUUGUCAUGAGACACAAAGGUGCAGCUCACCUGAAACCAGCAUCACUCAGAAUGUCCUGGUAUUCCUACCACUCUGUAGACGUAGCUCUGUUCCUCGGUGGAGCUGUGCUGCUCAUGCUUCUAUCUACUUUCUUCUUGAUUAGGUGUUUGUGUAAUGCAAUGUGUAAAUCUAAAGUGAAACAUAAGUAAUGAUUUAAGGGAUGUACAGACAAGUGGCAAAUUGAAUCAGCUGGACCUCUCUUUUCGGUUCGGCCCCUACAACAUAACAGAACCACCAGAUCUUCUCUCUAUAGGGCUCAAAUGUUUUCUUCAUGCACACCAUUCAUGCAUCCACUUGUUUGUUAAGACAAUAGUGAAAGAUGACUCAUCUAACAAUAUCACUUAUUUCCACAUCUGUGUAGAUCCAGUGAAUUUUGCACUGCUGCAAAAAUAUUAACUUACCAUACAUGUAUAACGAUCAAGAAGAUUAUCUGGAGACUCGGAUUCGUUUUUGUAUGAGGCUCUAAACAUUUUAAUUUCUGCUGUAAAUGUGUUCAUUUCACCACAAGGGUUGAUAGAAACUGACUCACUUUUGGAGCCAGCUUCAAGUGUGGAUUCUAGGAACUGCAGUUUUUGUCAUUUUUGCACUGGCUUUGUUCUUCACUUUUAGACAUUUCCACUUAACGCGGUCGAUCUUCCUUCAAUCUUGACAGAAAACCAGAAACAACUGGGUCAGCAUUUUUACACGUGCACCAAAUUCUGACUGGAUGUUAACUACUUAAUAGUGAAUCAUAGCAUGCAUGUUAGUUUUGUUUCUCCACUUUUAAAUUUAGGUUUUCCUUUUAUUUGUCGCCUGUCUGUACAAUAUGUAGACAAAUUCUACUUUAAAAACUGAAUGUCAUCAAAAAAUUGCAUUUAUAAUGAGAUUUUUAUGGGAUUUGUGAGUGAAUUUGCUCAAUAUUCAUGUUCUAGUAGAUUAUUUAGAUGAACUAAAUGGAUGUUGUGACCAUCUUCAAUAAUAACAUGGUAGAAAUGAAGCAGAGACAAUGAAUGUAAAUUAGGUUUGAAAUUACUUGUCCCAUUGUGGAUAUUUGUACUCAAUCUAGGUGUUGAAAUCAUUUUUAUUUCGUAUAUAUGUAUGUUUUUGUGUUUAUACCUGCAUAGGUCUUCGAAGCGUACGGGUUAUGAGGGUGUCCCAGUUGUUGUUAAUUCUAAAAUGUGUAUUUUUUUUAAUUCUUUGUAGAACAUUUCAAACAAAAACCAUUGCACAAUACCGAAAAAAGAAAUAUCAAGCUGUAGAGAACUAUACAAUAAAUUUGACCUGCUUGUUUAUCUA